CUCCCUCUCUCUCCCUCUCUCUCUCUCUCUCUCUCUCUCUCUCUCUUCACCAGUGAGCCAACAUGUCUCGAUCAUCCAGCCCUGAUGCCCACUGGGAUCAACUAGAGACCUGGCUGAGUGCCCUGACUAGCACACUUAUUCCUGAAGCUGCCAGGGACCUGCAGAACAUGAGCCGGGAACAGCUCGACGACAACCUGAGCGCCUUGAUGGCCCACGACCCGACACAGGACUACAGCCACAAAGAGCUGGCCAAGAUCGUCGGGUCACUGGCCCAUAACCUCCUCGGCCAGGCAAAGCUGAGUGAAGAGAGCAUCUCCCGCUGGGAACAGGAAGCAGCAGCGCUGAAGCUCCAGGCUGAGGGAGCUCAGAGAAACUGGAUGCACGCUCAGAGUCAACUGGACCAGCUAACCUCGGAGACUCAGCACGAGCACAGGACAGCGGACGAGAAGGACCCAGAGCUGCAGGAGGAAGUAGAGAGACUCCAGAACGCCCUGACUGAUCUCCGUGUAGAUACAGCACGACGAGAGCAGCAGGAAAAGGACACCAGAGAGGAGCUGAGUAAAAAACUCCAGCAAGCUGAGGCUCUCCUGAGGAGAGCAGAGACUGAACUUAAAGAAAGAGAAGCCAGGGCCAAGGCCUGUGAGGGCCACCUGCAAAGUGCCCGGGCUGAAGUCAGUGCCCUGGCCCAACAAAGAGACUAUUUGAAAGAAGAACUUGACACAGUUCACCGAGAGCUUAAACAUUCAUAUAGACUCCCACUACUCAAGACAUCACCUGCCAGCAUCCCAGAACCCCCAGCAGCAGAAAGGGGGUGGGAGCCUUUCCAAAGGCUGUCUUCCAGUCACGGUAUGUCACCUAAAGAAUUGGAUAAGCUGGCUAGAAACAUUCCCACUUUCACUCCAAGCCCUACGGGAAGCCACGAUGUGCACGACUAUUUAAAAGACAUUGAUUUUCACUUGCAAACUGUUGCCAAUGUUACCACACAAGACAGACUCUACCUGCUCAGAAUCACCGCCAGCCGUGAAGUCCGGAGCUUUCUAGACCGACAGCCAGAAACAGUCAAAGUGGAUUACCAGCAACUGCAGCAGGCUUUGCUUAAAGAAUUCUCUGACCCAGAAUCAGAGCAAGGGCUGAUUACGGCCAUGGACCUUAAACAGGGCAGACAGGAAACCACGCAGUCUUUCUACACCAGGCUCAGACAAGCAUACUUUGGAGCACGGAAUGAGCCAGGAAUGGAAGAAGAAUUCAAUUUCAAAACUCUGUUCCUCCGGAACCUGCACCCAACAGUGAGUCACCAUUUGGGGGUUCUGGCUUGCCCACGGACCAUGUCCACCCAACAGCUGCGAGACUUAAGCCAUAAGGCCUAUGCCAAACAAAGAACUGCUUCUGAAAAGAUGGGAAAACCCCCCACAAUCUAUCCUGUCACUAAUCAGAGUUCAGAACUUGCCCUAGAGGGCGCCAAGCCAAGCCACAGUGACAAACCUGUCAACACAAUGUCAAGACCCUUCCCAGCCAGCAGAGGGCAGCGUGGCCAUGGUGGUGCCCGUCCAAAGCAUCAGACUGGGCACCCCGAGAGAUCCUGGGACAGGUCACAACCACCUCUCAACCGAAAGGGUGAAGCCACCUGGGAAGCUAAGAGACAGUCCAAGGGGUACCGACACUCACCGACACAGGCAUCGAGCUCAGACUGCCAGCAGCAGAACCCCUCUCAACACGCCCUGGACAAGCCCAAAUAUAAACCGUCAGCCGAACAGAACCGGGAAGCUACGUCUGAAUCAGCAGAGAUCAUGAGACUUUUAAAGGAGCUCCUCCAGGAAAAGUCCCACAAGAGAGACAAGAAGGAUGAGUCAGAUCAGUUAUGA